GUAGAUCUACCUGGAGUUAUGCGCUUAAUUCUUCCUUCGGCCCAACUUAUGGAAUUUUGUCACUGACAAAUGCUUUAAGUUUGAGCUCUCCAACUUAAAGAUAAGGCAAAACACUUUGAAUCUUGAUGUCAGCUGCAAAGUUCAACCGACUUACUCAUCAUGUCACCUUUCAUCUCUUUGAUAACAAUCUCAAAAGACAAAGAUUUCCAUUCAAUUUCCCAAAUUAUAAAAUUCAGACACCCAUUAAACUCAACAUUUGUCUAUCUUCUUCAAACCAAUCAACCCACAAAAUUGUGCAUGAAUUUGAUCCCAAUAUUCCUAUAGAAGAAGCUGUUACUCCACCUAGUUCAUGGUAUUUUGAUCCCUCUUUUUAUUCCUUUGAGAUUGAUCAUGUCUUCUACAGUGGAUGGCGAGUUGUAGGAUGCAUUGAUCAGAUAAAGAAUGUUCAUGACUAUUUUACUGGCAGAUUGGGGAAUGUGGAAUAUGUGAUUUGUCGAGAUGCUCGUGGCGAGAUUCAUGCUUUUCAUAAUGUUUGUCGCCAUCAUGCUUCUGUUCUUGCUUACGGAAGUGGUAGAAAGACUUGUUUAGUAUGCCCUUACCAUGGAUGGACAUAUAGCUUAGAUGGUAAUCUCCUGAAGGCUCCAAGAAUUACAGGAAUACAGAAUUUUGAUCCUAAGGAGUUUGGGCUCAAACCUAUAAGUGUUGCGACAUGGGGGCCAUUUGUUGUUGUGAAUUUAAGUGCUUCCAAGGAGGAAGUUGAUUGUGGAAGUUUGGAGAAUGACUGGCUAGGUAGCUCAGCAGGCCUGCUUAGUGCCAAUGGAGUUGACAAUUCUCUGAGUUACAUUUGUAGACAUGAGUACACUUUAGAGUGUAAUUGGAAGGUGUUCUGUGACAAUUAUCUAGAUGGUGGAUAUCAUGUUCCAUAUGCCCACAAGAAUCUUGCUUCUGGGCUCAACCUUGACUCUUAUAGCACUGAAAUGUAUGAAAAAGUCAGCAUUCAAAGAUGUGCAAGCUCUUCUACUGAAAACGGAGAUGAAUUUGACAGACUUGGAUCUAAAGCACUAUAUGCUUUUAUAUAUCCCAACUUCAUGAUUAACAGGUAUGGCCCUUGGAUGGAUACCAACCUUGUUGUUCCUUUGGGACCACGGAAAUGCCAAGUGGUGUUUGACUACUUUCUUGACAUGUCAUUGAAGGAUGACGAAGCUUUCAUCAAGAGAAGCCUAAAAGACAGCGAAGAAGUGCAGAUAGAAGAUAUCAUGUUGUGUGAAGGUGUUCAAAGGGGCCUUGAAUCACCUGCAUAUCGAACUGGAAGAUAUGCGCCAGCUCUCGAGAAAGCGAUGCACCAUUUUCAUUGCUUGCUUUACAGAAACCUGACAGGAUAAACUCUUCAUUCUUAGGCAAAUUGUUGGGCGAGCUGAUCAAAGUCAACUAUUGUGCCAAGACCCAAAAGGCAAAAGUAAUGAUUGAUCAGACGAAUUUGAGGCUUAAUGUUCAAGUGCUAGAGUUUGGUUGAACUUCAAUGAAAUUCUUGACAGUCUAUUGCAUGAAUUAUGUAUGAUAGGAAUGGAUAAUUGGUUUCCUCAUAAUCUAGUGUAUAGUAUCGUUUAUAUAUACGUGAUAUCAUAUAAGAAGAGUUGAAUGUACAUCCUUCCAGUGAAUAAAUACUUAUAUAGCGCUUUAGUAAUGUAAAGAGCAAAGUCUUAUUUUAA